AUGCUCGCAUUGACCAUCACAUUGCCUCUCACAUGCCCCAUUGAUCUGGUCUACAGUCGGGCCUUUCAACAGACUUGCCCGCGAGCAGGCAUCUCCUGCGAAUUCCGGCGCCACCUUCACCUGUAUGGUGGGCCUCAGCAUCAACGCAACGGCCACAGUGCCUGGCCCGGGAAUAGCGCAAUCACCAUUCCAAACGUGGAGCACACCUGCAUGGGCUUCACCGCUGAAAGUACUUGCUUUGCCUUGUUGUCGCGACGGCCUCACCAGCACAGCGGAGCCUCGGCAGCACUGAACCAGUCGACGACGUUCCGGAAGCCCACGCCAUUGUGGGAUCUUGAGGUGGCAAGCUUUGAGCAGAGCCUGCGAGCUUGGAGGACAAAGGCGAGCUCCAUAGAAGUCAGGUAG